UCGAAAUUGAAUAUACUUCAACCUCUUAGAAAGAUUUAUAACAUCUAUAAAAGUAUGGGUUACAAUACCAUAACUACCCAAACUUUUAUAUAUAACCUACAUAGCGUAUUUCUAUAAUGAGAAACAAUGAAAUUUUACACGAGAGCAUGACAAAACUAAAACCGGGACAUUUGGACGUUAUAGAAAAUUAAAAUGAUUUUGUGCUAAAUUGUUGAUAACUUAUCUAAAUAUAAUAAUAAUAAAAACUUAAGUCAAGAUGCUUGAUGAAUACAUAGAAAUAUAACAACUUGACAAAAUGCAAUCCACAACGCAAAUAAAAAAAAAAAAAAAUUUAAAAACAGAAAAACCCUAGCUAUUUGCCUUUAAAUCGAUAUCCCGUGGAUAAAACAUCAUUACAUACUCCUGCGUCAAGGACAAUGCAGUUGACAAGAAGUGUUCCUUUAUUGUUGUUCUUGUUUUGCCUAGUAAUUAAACCGUGUAUAUCUCAAUCAACCACCACAAACACCACCGCCGGUGAUGCUGCCACCAUCACAAAAGCCGCCAACGUAAGCAAGCCCGGUUGCCAAAGCCAAUGUGGAAAUGUAACCAUUCCAUAUCCCUUUGGUAUCGGUCCAGGCUGCUUUCUGAGCCGCUGGUUCGAAUUAACCUGCAACACUACUUUUAAUCCUCCCAAACCCUUCAUCGGCGGUCUAACAAUUCUUGAUAUCUCCGACUCUACUUUUCGAGUCGCUAACAAAGUGGCAAGCAGGUGUUAUGAUCAAUUUGGAAACGUCACCGAUGACGAAUCCAUCUCCACCAAUCUUGGCUGGACAUCACCCUUUACGUUUUCAGAACGAAAUCAAUUCACUUUAAUCGGAUGCGACGACUUGGCGGUGUUUCAGGGCCCUCUACAAGCAAACUUCACCAGCGGCUGUAUAUCGUUAUGUACACAACCUGAUCAAGUCUCGAACGGGUCAUGUGCUGGUGUAGGGUGUUGUCAGGUUUCUAUACCGAAGGGAAUCAAGUACUACGGCAUAUCCCUUGCUAGUGUGGCCUCGAACCACAUGAAUAUAUGGUCUUUUGAUCCUUGCACUUACUCGUUUAUGAACGAGCGAGAGCGGUUUACAUUUGGUGGUGUGUCAGAUUUUAUGGACCCCAAUUUCAAGGCUAGGACCAAAGCUAGUGUUCCGAUGUUGGUCGAUUGGAUGAUCGGAAACAUGAGCUGCAGCGAGGCUAGAGAUGCCGGUGUUUUGACUUGCCAAACGAAUAGUUAUUGUAUCGAUUCGGAUACUGGAGUUUCAGGAUACAGAUGUAGUUGCAAUCAAGGCUAUCAGGGUCAACCAUAUCUUGAUCCAGGCUGCCAAGAUAUGAAUGAAUGUGAAGAUCCCAACAGUAAUCUAUGCGAGGGGAUCUGCACCAACACUCCUGGAGGUUACUCGUGUUCUUGCGCAGAUGGCUAUGUUGGAGAUGGAUUUCGCAACGGUCGAGGUUGUGUUGCUGAAACUUCGGAGUUCCCAGUUAUCAAAUUCUCUCUAGGUAUGGGAUUUGGUUUUUUGGCCAUUUUAGUUGGAAUUACAUGGUUGUAUUUUGGCUUCAAGAAGAGGAACCUUAUCAAACUCCGGAAAAAACUAUUUCAGCAAAACGGUGGUUUACUACUGAAACAACGAAUCAUGAGCAGCGAAGGCAGCGUUGAUUCAACCAAAGUCUUCACCGCAGAAGACUUAGAAAAAGCCACCAACAACUACGCUGAAGACAGGAUCUUGGGUCGUGGUGGCUACGGAAUUGUAUACAAAGGCAUUUUUAGCAACAACCAGGUCGUUGCUAUCAAGAAGUCUCGUGUAAUGGAUGAAACCCAAAUCGAACAGUUCAUCAACGAAGUCAUUAUCUUAACACAAGUUAACCAUCGCAACGUGGUCAAGCUUCUGGGUUGUUGUUUAGAGAGCGAGGUCCCAUUGCUCGUUUAUGAGUAUGUUUCAAAUGGAACUCUCUUUAAUCAUAUUCAUGACAAAGGCACAAAUUGGUUAUCAUUGGAGAAUCGUUUAAGAGUAGCUGCAGAAUCAGCGGGUGCACUUUCGUAUCUUCAUUCAGCCACAUCAACUCCUGUGAUCCAUAGAGACGUGAAGUCUGCAAACAUAUUAUUAGACGAAAAUUACACCACAAAAAUUGCGGAUUUUGGAGCGUCAAGAUUAGUUCCAAUAGAUCAAGCACAAGUAACCACUCUAGUUCAAGGGACUUUAGGGUAUUUAGACCCUGAAUACUUCCUCACAAGUCAGUUAACCGAAAAGAGCGAUGUUUAUAGCUUUGGAGUUGUAUUGGCUGAGCUUUUAACUGGGAGAAAACCGUUGUGUAUGGAAAGAACCGAGGAAGAAAGGAAUUUGGCGACGUAUUUUCUAAUGGCGCUAAAAGAAAACCGUUUGUUUCAAAUUCUUGACCCUAAAGUCGUAAGGGAAGGAACCCUAGACCAACUGCAAGAGAUUGGUGAGCUUGUGAAAAGAUGUGUUAAUCUUACUAGCGAUGAGCGGCCUACGAUGAAAGAAGUGGCGAUUCAACUUGAAGGUUUACGGAAGUUUACUCAGCAUCCAUGGGCGAGUCGACAUGAGGGUGAAGAAAACACGAAUUUGUUAAAUAAUGAGAAUGAGCAAAAGGAUCUUUAUGGAGAGUCAAUUAAUAUGCAUUCUAAUACCAGUGAACUCUCCUCGGGGUUUAGUAUUGAUAGCACUCUUGUAUAUUGGACGAAUUAACCCCAGCUGAUAAAUUCUUUAGUAUAAUCAACACUUUCAUGCUCAUUAAAAUUGAUUUGUUUCGAGUUAUCUUUUUUCAUCAUGUAUGAAGUAAAAUAAAAUG